GCGCUGGGCGGGCUGGGGCGGGGCUUGGGCACCGCCCACCCCAGGUCCCUCGGGUCGCGCAGAAGACAAACAGCGCGCCUGUGUCCGGUCGAGAGGGUGGGCGCCAAUGGAGAACCAAGAACAUUCAGGCUCAUCAGCGUUUUCGGAUGGGAAUGACACGACAGAAAUAGCCGUUCCCCGCGAAGCACAUCCGAAGCCCUUUGUAGUCAGGCUCCUCGACGUGCACAAGCUUGAGGAGCCGGAGGAACCCGAAGAACCCGAAGAACCCGAGGAACCCGAGGAGCCGGAGAAACCCGAGGAGCAGGAGGAACCGGGGGAGGCCAACGGGCAGACCACGCGAGACCGGGGCAUUGAAUUUUAUGGGUCCGAGGAGACAUCUGAACCCCACGAACCCUACGAGCCCCACGAACUCUAUGAGCCCCAAGAGCCCCACGAACCCUACGAGCCCCAUGCACUGCGCAAUCACAGUAAACGCCUGGGAUCCCGUAAGUCCCGGGGGCCCUUUGCUUCCCGAGAGACCCACAAGCCCCACAAAGUCGAGUUGCUUCCCAGCGCCGCCGUAGUGACCGCCCCUUCUCUGGUGACCAGAUUCCCGCCACGGAUUCCGCUAUCUUGCCUGAGCGAUACUGGUCCCUUUGGCAUUGCAAGGAAAUGUUUUUUUUCUAGGAAGAGAAUCCAAGACCUUUCUAGGCCUAAAAAACAAUGGGGAACCCCAGAUAGAAAACUGUUUUGGGGGAAUCAAGAUCCUAUUCGCCCUGUUUCCCAGUUUGCUUUGAAGGCUCAGUUGACCAAAAGACUUGAGGACCUUGCCCAUCCCAAGGAAGUCUCCCACCGAUAUGUACCUAACAGGGCUCAAUAUUACUACAGCUGUGGUAGAGAGUCUAUAAUCUGGGAGAUCCCUUCUGCUGCACUGUUUAGCCAGCCGUCCAAAAGGAUCCAGAAGCUGGCACUGCCCAACAGAUUCAAGAAAGAAUAUCUAUUAAAUAGGCCCUACAGUGAUUACUUAACAAGAAGUUCUCAUCAAAUCUCUGAUCCUUCACCCCGUUUAUUACAACUGUCAAUAGCCAAAGCCACAAAUCCAAACUAUGUUCCUCCAAAAAAGAUUGAAACCAAGAUUGCAGCUUCUGCCCUGAGUGCUGUUGCAACUCCAAGAAUUAUAGACCUUGCCCAUCCAAGGAUCAAGAUAGAGGGUCUGUGCUUUGAAAGAGAAAGAUGUGAAAUGCCCAUCCGUCCUAUAUCCCGUGCUGCCUUGCUAACCAAACCUAGCCCCCGAAUAAUAGCUCUAGCUGAGGCCAAGCCUCUUCAUCAAGAUUAUCUACCUGUCCGUGAUGCCCAUUGGCCAGUAUCUUAUGCUGCUAUCCAUUACAAAAUAUCUCCCAGAAUUCAAGAACUAGCUAAUCCAAAUACAAGGUUGCAUUCUUUUUCCCCCAUUUCAGGUCUCCUGUGCAUAUUAUAUAUUACGAUCCAAAUGUCUUUAAAGUCAAGCCAGCUGCUCUGAAAACACAGUGUUCUCCGAGGAUCCACGAGUUGGCAGAACCUCUUAUGCGUUAAGCACAGAAAGCCACGUCAGUUGCACUGUAGUUAAUGUAUGUAGAAAACAUAUUAGGUGACUUAGUUCCCAUUUCUGAUCCUGUCAGUUUGUAUUCCCCAUCCCCUCAAAAACCAUGUGAGACCUCCAGAGAACACCACUGUGACCAUCGAUAGUAAUUCCUGCUGUUACCUGUAAUCAUGUCUUUAGCCGGUUUGGGGACUUGAGCAUGCAAUAAAAGAGAAAAUGAGA